GCCAAGCUGGGAGGAAAGAAGAAAGGGAGGGGAGGGGAGAAUCGAGGACGGCAGGCUUAGGCAGGCCAAGAAUACAAUUGCCCUGGUGGUGGGAGCUGGGAGACCCUUGUGCUUGGACGGGACAGUGUCGGGGGACACGCAGGAUGAGCCCCGCGACCACUGGCACCUUCUUGCUGACAGUGUACACUAUUUUCUCAAAGGUGCACUCUGAUCGGAAUGUCUACCCAUCUGCAGGUGUCCUCUUUGUUCAUGUUUUGGAAAGAGAGUAUUUUAAGGGAGAAUUUCCACCUUACCCAAAACCUGGUGAGAUUAGUAAUGAUCCCAUAACAUUUAACACAAAUUUAAUGGGUUACCCAGACCGGCCUGGAUGGCUUCGAUAUAUCCAAAGGACACCAUAUAGUGAUGGAGUCCUGUAUGGGUCUCCAACGGCUGAAAAUGUGGGGAAACCAACAGUCAUUGAGAUAACUGCCUACAAUAGGCGUACCUUUGAGACUGCAAGGCAUAAUUUGAUAAUUAAUAUAAUGUCAGCAGAAGACUUCCCGUUACCAUAUCAAGCAGAAUUCUUCAUUAAAAAUAUGAACGUAGAAGAAAUGUUGGCCAGCGAGGUUCUCGGAGACUUUCUUGGGGCCGUGAAAAAUGUGUGGCAGCCAGAGCGUCUGAACGCCAUAAACAUCACAUCAGCUCUAGACAGGGGCGGCAGGGUUCCACUUCCCAUUGAUGACAUGAAGGAGGGCGUUUAUGUCAUGGUUGGUGCCGACGUCCCAUUUUCUUCUUGUUUACGAGAAGUUGAAAAUCCGCAGAAUCAGUUGAGAUGCAGUCAAGAAAUGGAGCCUGUAAUAACAUGUGAUAAAAAAUUUCGUACUCAAUUUUACAUCGACUGGUGCAAAAUUUCGUUGGUUGAUAAAACAAAGCAAGUGUCCACUUAUCAGGAAGUGAUUCGUGGAGAAGGGAUUUUACCUGAUGGUGGAGAAUACAAACCCCCUUCCGAUUCUUUGAAAAGCAGAGACUAUUACACGGAUUUCCUAAUUACACUGGCUGUGCCCUCGGCAGUAGCAUUGGUCCUUUUUCUAAUACUUGCUUAUAUCAUGUGCUGCCGACGGGAAGGAGUGGAAAAGAGAAACAUGCAAACACCAGACAUCCAACUGGUCCAUCAUAGUGCUAUUCAGAAAUCUACCAAAGAACUUCGUGACAUGUCCAAGAAUAGAGAGAUAGCAUGGCCCCUGUCAACACUUCCUGUGUUUCACCCUGUGACUGGGGAAAUCAUACCUCCUCUACACACAGACAAUUAUGAGAGCACUAAUAUGCCGUUGAUGCAAACACAGCAGAACUUGCCACAUCAGACUCAGAUUCCCCAACAGCAGACUACAGGUAAAUGGUAUCCCUGAAGAAAGAAAACUAACUGAAGCAAUGAAUUUGUAAUCAGACAAUAUAGCACUUAUAUCUUAUUUUUUCUCUCUUCCAAUAAUGCAUGAGCUUUUCUGACAUAUGGUAUGCAUGUUGACAGUAUCAAGUAUAUACCAAAUAAUACAAUAUAACAUUCAUUUUACUAAUGUAUUUUUUUUGGUACUUAAGGCAUUUUUGACAAUUUGUAAAACAUUGAUGACUUUAUAUUUGUUACAAUAAAAAGUGAUCUUUAAAAUAAA